CCCUCUCCCCCCCUCCCUCCUUUGCCCUCCUUCCCCCCCCCCCACUCCUGGACACGGGCAGCCUUGCCAUGCCGAGCAAGCUCAAAUUCACUGUCGUGGCAUGCUCCGGCGAGGACGACGAGCAUCCUGUGGUCGAACUCGAGCGGCACACGCCGCACACCAAGGGCUGGCGCUCGCCGCGGUUCUGUGACUACCCGCUGGAGAUUGUGCUCGCCUUUGACGCACCCGCUCGCAUCCGCAAGCUGCAGUUCUACUCGCACCAGUACCUUGUGGCGACGAAGAUUGAGCUGUUUGUCGGCAACCUGCCGCCGUCCAAGCCGCGGGCCCUCGAGAGCAUCCAGUACCAGCGCCUGGGCUACAUGUCGCUCGACUCGAACCGUAGGACCGAGUACAAGGCCCGAGAGCUCAAGUCGGUCCACAUCGACGCCAUCGGCGAGUUUGUCAAGCUUGUUGUCCACAAGUGCCACAUCAACAAGUACAAUCUGUACAACCAGGUCGGUCUCAUCGCCAUCAACGUCCUCGGCGACGUCGUGCAGGCCGCCCAGGUCGACGCCGCCGCCGCGCGCCUCGGCCUCGUCGCAGCUGACGCUCCGCCGGGCCCCGUCUCAGGCGCCAUGCUCCACGACAAUCCGGCGGUGUGGGGCCUCAUCAACAAGGCCUCCAACGUCGAUCCCAUGGACGACCUCUCCUUUGACCUCUCGUUCGACGUCGCCACUGCCCGCAUGCUCCGCAAGCUCGAGGCCGCCAAGGCUGACGCUCAGCGGGCUGAAAACUACGAUGCGUGCCAGCAGAUCAAGCAGCAGAUUGAGUUUCUGAAGGAGGUCGGUGUCGAGCUCGCCGCCCUUGAGGCCCGUAAGCUUGCUGCUGUCGACCGCGAGGCCUACGACGAGGCCAAACGAAUCAAGGUAGAGAUCGACCGCCUCCGCCAGCAGGCCUUUGGCUCGGUCAUGGCCCGUCCGUCGUCCGCACUCGCCACUCCGCGGAACGUUCCGUCCGAGGCCUCGCUCCCGCACUCGGACGCCAUGUUCCUCAACGACCACAACCCAUCGGCGUCGUCGUCAGCUGGCCCACCACCGCCGCCACUGGCCCAUGGCGCACGCCCUCUGCCCGCCAACCCUGAGCCGGCACCACCGCCGCGCCAGCAGCAUCACCAGCAGCAGCCGCGCCAGCAGUCGCGCCAGCAGCCGCGUCAGCAGCAGUCGCGUCAGCAGCAGUCGCGCCAGCAGCCGCGCCAGCAGUCGCACCAGCAGCCGGCCUCGCCACCGCAAGACUCCGAGUACUCGGCCGGCUCGCCGCCAGAGAGCCACGCUGCUCCGCAAGGGGGAUUCAUGGUUGUCGAAAUGAGUGAGCUCAACGAGGACUCGGUUCCGCCGCCGACGCGGACUGCCCCGCCUGCAAGCGGCGACCCAUCCGAGCGGCCGAUCCGCCCGGCUCGCGGCGCGGCACAAGCUCCGGCCCAUUUUGAGCGAGCCGAACAAGACCAAGUCGCUGACGCCCCGCCGCCGGCCAAGCGUGCGCCGCCGGCCAAGCGCGCCCCACCGGCCGAGCCGCCUCAGCGCGCAAUGUCUCGAGGGUCGGACGACUCGCGCGCCUCUCGCGCGAUCAAGCCGGGCGGCAGCGGCGGCGGCUUUGAGGCCACCAUGCAGGCCAUGGACGCCGGCUCGUCUGACGCAGAGCCACUGUCCAAGGCCAAGGCCCAGCAGGUGGGGCACCUUAUCGAACUGUUUGGUGAGGGCACGCUCUGCAUGCUGUACUCAAAAAAGUGGCAGCUCCGCAAGGCUGCUCUCGAGCGCAUUACCACCGCCGCCAUUCGCGGCGACUUUGACAACACCGCCUCGCCAGCGUCGCUCCUCUCGGCGCUCACCGAGGUUCUUGUUGUCGGCCUCGAAGAUCGCAUCGCCUCUGUCUUUGCCGCCGCCAUGGAGGCCAUGCCGCAGGUCCUCAACGCCUUUGCCGACGCCGUCCCUGACUCGCAGCUCACUACCGCCGUCAACGCCUUUAUUACCACCCUCCUCGCCAAGUCGGCUAACGCCCAAGCUCGUGUUGCUGACUCGGCCCUAGAGGCGCUUGACGCCAUGUCGUACAUGCGUGUCGUCGGCGCCGAGCCUAUCGGCGUCCGCAUUCUCAAGCAGGUCAAGCCAGGUGCUCAGUUCCGUAUCAUCCUCGCCCGUCUCCGCAUUCUCACCGCACUCGUCACCGCCUUUGGUCUCGAUGCCACCACCGUCGACGUUCACGACGCGCUCGACUUUUGCCACACUCACGCGUUUAGUAACGCGUCCAAGGAAGUUCGCACAGCCGCCGUCAACCUUCUCUGCGCGCUGUACCCGCAGUACUCCAGCGCGGUGGAGGACGCGCUCGACAAGCGCAUCUCACCACAUCUGCUCAAGGAGAUUCGCGCGGCACUGCCGGCGGGCACGCAAGUUGCAGCCAGCCAGGGCGGCGCAGGGCGCGGACGCGGACGCGGACGUGGACGCGGGCGCGGACGAGGUGCAGAGCGCGGGCGCGGACGUGGGCGUGGGCGCGGGCGUGGGCGCGGGCGUGGACGCGGGCGUGGACGCGGUGGCGCAGGUCGUGGACGCGGGCGAGGCCGAGGCCGAGGCCGCGGGCGCGGGCUCACUUCGCAGCUGCCGCCUCCGGUCGACGACGACGAGUACGAGUACUACUCAGAGGACUCCAUUGAGGUGGACGUGGUGCCGGACGCGGACAACCCUCACGCGCAUUCGGUCCGCAUCUCGCCGGGUAAGGGUCGGCGCGGGCACUCGCACGGGCGGUCGGGAACCAAGGACAUCAACAUCAACAUCAAUGUCAACCCAGGGAUGUCACCGCCGGCGCCGGGUGCCGGCCCGGCCUCUGGCCCGCCACCAGCCAGCACCACGCCGCCGCGCGACCGGGUCGACGCCGAUGGGCUGCGCCGCCCGCGGCGAACCUCGUUCGAUGAGGGUCCUUCCAUCAACAUCACGCCCGAGCGCCAAGUGGCGACGCCGGCCCGCGAGGUCAAUCAGGAGGUCUACUCCAACGACUGGAACAUCGACCAGACUUGCAUCUUCUGCGGCGAGAAGAACCCCACGUUCACCAAGCGAAAGCUUGACGAGCACUACUUUGAGUCAUGUCCCGUCCUCACCGCCUGCCCGGCCUGCCACGAGACCGUCGAGGUUGCCUCGCUCCACGAGCAUCUGCUCGAAGAGUGCGAACGCCGCGGCUCGUAUAAGGUCUGCCCGCGGUGCAAGGAGCCGGUCCACAACACCGACUAUCCAUCGCAUGUUGCCGCCCGCGAGUGCCUCGUCGCCAAGGAUCCCAAGCGCUUCUCGCGCUGUCCGCUCUGCCACGACGACAUCCCCCCGGGCGAAGAGGGCUGGGUCCAGCAUCUCAUGGUCUCGGGCUGUCCCGAGAACGAGCGCACCCGCAGACGACUGUAGUUUCAGCGCGGUUGCCGCGAAAGCCGACUAGUAUCAGCCGGUGAUCAUUGAAUGACGAUGCCGACUGU